GCUGGGGGAAGAGAGGGGGGCUGUUUGCAGAUGGCUCUUCAACCUGGAAAGGAGGAUGUCGGCAUCUGAAGGCAGGAAAGACAUCACCCCAGAGUCCAGUCCAACCAAUGGAUCAGGCCCUGGUCCCGAAUGGGGGCUGUGCCCUGGGCCCCCAGAAGCAGCAGGUGAAACCAGCAGGGCAUUGGGCUUAGGGACCCCUAAGCGAAGGACUCAGCACAGUAAGCACAAGACGGUGGCAGUGGCCAGUGCCCAGCGGUCACCCCGGGCACUCUUCUGCCUCACCCUGGCCAACCCUCUGCGGCGGUCCUGCAUCAGCAUCGUGGAGUGGAAGCCCUUCGACAUCGUCAUCCUGCUGACCAUCUUUGCCAACUGCGUGGCCCUGGGGGUCUACAUCCCCUUCCCAGAGGACGAUUCCAACUCUGCCAACCACAACCUGGAGCAGGUGGAAUACGUAUUCCUGGUGAUUUUUACUGUGGAGACAGUGCUUAAGAUCGUGGCGUACGGGCUGGUGCUCCAUCCCAGCGCCUACAUCCGCAAUGGCUGGAACCUUCUCGACUUCAUCAUUGUCGUGGUUGGGUUGUUCAGCGUGCUGCUAGAGCAGGGCCCUGGACGGCCCGGGGACGCUCCGCAUACUGGGGGGAAGCCGGGGGGCUUCGAUGUGAAGGCGUUGCGGGCAUUUCGGGUGCUGCGGCCACUGAGGCUGGUGUCUGGGGUCCCGAGCCUGCACAUAGUGCUCAAUUCCAUCAUGAAGGCGCUGGUGCCGCUGCUGCAUAUCGCACUGUUAGUGCUCUUCGUCAUCAUCAUUUAUGCCAUCAUCGGACUCGAGCUGUUCCUCGGACGCAUGCACAAGACGUGCUACUUCCUGGGAUCUGACACGGAAGCUGAGGAGGACCCGUCGCCCUGUGCAUCUUCGGGCUCAGGGCGUGUGUGCACCCUGAACCAGACCGAGUGCCGCGGGCGCUGGGCAGGGCCCAAUGGAGGCAUUACCAACUUCGACAACUUCUUCUUCGCGAUGCUGACGGUCUUCCAGUGCGUCACCAUGGAAGGCUGGACCGACGUGCUCUACUGGAUGCAGGAUGCCAUGGGGUAUGAGCUGCCCUGGGUGUAUUUUGUGAGUCUCGUAAUCUUUGGGUCCUUCUUCGUUCUCAACCUUGUACUUGGCGUCCUGAGUGGGGAGUUCUCCAAGGAGAGGGAAAAGGCAAAAGCAAGAGGGGAUUUCCAGAAGCUUCGGGAGAAACAGCAAUUGGAGGAGGACCUGCGGGGCUACCUGGACUGGAUCACACAAGCGGAGGAGCUGGACAUCGAAGACCUCUCAGCUGAUGGAAACUUUGGUUCUGUGGCUGAAGAGGGCCGAGCUGGCCACCGGCCACAACUGGCAGAGCUGACCAAUAGGAGACGUGGACGGCUGCGUUGGUUCAGUCACUCCACCCGCUCCACACACUCCACCAGCAGCCAUGCCAGCCUCCCAGCCAGUGACACUGGUUCGAUGACAGAGACUCCAGGCGAUGAGGAAGAGGAAGAGGGGGCCCUGGCCAGUUGUACACGCUGCCUAAACAAGAUUAUGAAAACCAGGGGCUGCCGCCGCCUUCGUCGAGCCAACCGGGGCCUUCGGGCAUGCUGCCGUCGGGCUGUGAAGUCCAAUGCCUGUUACUGGGCCGUGCUGCUGCUUGUCUUCCUGAACACGCUGACCAUCGCCUCAGAGCACCACGGGCAGCCUGUAUGGCUCACUCAGACCCAGGAGUAUGCCAACAAAGUGUUGCUCUGUCUGUUCACGGUGGAGAUGCUUCUCAAGCUGUAUGGUCUGGGCCCCUCCGCCUACGUUUCCUCCUUCUUCAACCGCUUUGACUGCUUUGUGGUCUGUGGGGGCAUCCUGGAGACCACCCUGGUGGAGGUGGGUGCCAUGCAGCCCCUGGGCAUCUCAGUGCUCCGAUGUGUGCGCCUCCUCAGGAUCUUUAAGGUCACCAGGCACUGGGCAUCUCUGAGCAAUUUGGUGGCGUCCCUGCUCAAUUCAAUGAAAUCCAUCGCAUCCUUGCUGCUUCUCCUCUUCCUCUUCAUCAUCAUCUUCUCCCUGCUUGGCAUGCAGCUGUUUGGGGGCAAGUUCAACUUUGACCAGACCCACACUAAGCGAAGCACCUUUGACACCUUCCCCCAGGCCCUCCUCACUGUCUUUCAGAUCCUGACAGGCGAGGACUGGAAUGUGGUCAUGUAUGAUGGUAUCAUGGCCUACGGCGGCCCCUUUUUCCCAGGGAUGCUGGUGUGUGUCUAUUUCAUCAUUCUCUUCAUCUGUGGCAACUACAUCCUGUUGAACGUGUUUCUUGCCAUUGCUGUGGACAACCUGGCCAGCGGCGAGGCAGGCACUGCCAAGAACAAGGGCAGGGAGAAGAGCACGGAGGGGAAAUCACCACAGGAGAAUGGAGCUUUGGUGCCUGGUGGGGAAAAUGAGGAAGAGAAGGGCGCAAAGAAUGAAGGAGCAGGCAUGGAGGAAGAGGAAGAGGAGGAGGAGGAGGAGGAGGAGGAAGAAGAAGGGGGUGCAGGGCGUGUGGAACUCCUGCAGGAAGUUGUACCCAAGGAGAAGGUAGUGCCCAUCCCUGAGGGCAGUGCCUUCUUCUGCCUCAGCCAAACCAACCCAUUGAGGAAGGCCUGCCACACGCUCAUACACCAUCAUGUCUUCACCAAUCUUCUCCUGGUGUUCAUCAUCCUCAGCAGUGUGUCCCUGGCCGCUGAGGACCCCAUCCGAGCCCACUCCUUCCGCAACCAUAUUCUGGGGUACUUUGAUUAUGCCUUCACCUCCAUUUUCACUGUGGAGAUUCUACUAAAGAUGAUGGUGUUUGGGGCUUUCCUGCAUCGAGGCUCCUUCUGCCGUAGCUGGUUCAAUCUAUUGGAUCUGCUGGUGGUCAGCGUGUCCCUCAUCUCCUUUGGCAUCCACUCCAGCGCCAUCUCCGUGGUGAAGAUUCUACGAGUACUCCGAGUCCUUCGGCCCCUUCGAGCCAUCAACCGGGCCAAAGGACUUAAGCACGUGGUGCAGUGUGUGUUCGUGGCCAUCCGGACCAUUGGGAAUAUCAUGAUUGUAACCACACUCCUGCAAUUCAUGUUUGCCUGCAUUGGCGUGCAGCUCUUCAAGGGAAAAUUCUACAGUUGCACCGAUGAGGCCAAACACACACCCCAAGAAUGCAAGGGCUCCUUCCUGGUCUAUCCCGAUGGAGAUGUGUCACGGCCCCUGGUCCGGGAGCGGCUCUGGGUCAACAGCGAUUUCAACUUUGACAAUGUCCUUUCAGCCAUGAUGGCUCUGUUCACUGUCUCCACCUUUGAAGGCUGGCCUGCGCUGCUAUACAAGGCCAUUGAUGCACAUGCAGAGAACGAGGGCCCCAUCUAUAAUUACCAUGUGGAGAUCUCAGUGUUCUUCAUCGUCUACAUCAUCAUCAUCGCAUUCUUCAUGAUGAACAUCUUUGUGGGGUUUGUCAUCAUCACCUUCCGUGCCCAGGGCGAGCAGGAGUACCAAAACUGUGAACUGGAUAAAAACCAGCGCCAGUGUGUGGAAUACGCCCUCAAGGCCCAGCCACUCCGCCGAUAUAUCCCCAAGAACCCACAUCAGUAUCGCGUAUGGGCCACUGUGAACUCUGCUGCCUUUGAGUACCUCAUGUUCCUGCUUAUCCUGCUCAACACGGUUGCUCUAGCCAUGCAGCACUAUGAGCAGACUGCUCCCUUCAAUUAUGCCAUGGAUAUCCUCAACAUGGUGUUCACUGGCCUCUUCACUGUUGAGAUGGUGCUCAAAAUCAUCGCCUUCAAACCCAAGCAUUACUUUGCCGAUGCCUGGAACACAUUUGAUGCUCUGAUUGUGGUGGGCAGCGUAGUGGACAUUGCCGUCACUGAAGUCAACAAUGGUGGCCACCUUGGCGAGAGCUCUGAGGACAGUUCCCGCAUUUCCAUCACCUUCUUUCGCCUCUUCCGAGUCAUGCGGCUGGUCAAGCUUCUCAGUAAGGGUGAAGGGAUCCGCACAUUGCUCUGGACAUUCAUCAAGUCCUUCCAGGCUUUGCCCUAUGUUGCUCUUCUCAUCGCAAUGAUAUUCUUCAUUUAUGCAGUCAUUGGGAUGCAGAUGUUCGGCAAGGUGGCUCUUCAGGAUGGCACACAGAUCAACCGAAACAACAACUUCCAGACUUUUCCACAGGCUGUGUUACUUCUGUUCCGGUGUGCCACUGGUGAGGCAUGGCAGGAGAUAAUGCUUGCCACCCUUCCUGGGAAUCGAUGUGACCCUGAAUCUGACUUCGGUCCUGGAGAGGAGUUUACUUGUGGUAGCAAUUUCGCCAUCGCCUAUUUUAUCAGCUUCUUCAUGCUCUGUGCCUUCUUGAUCAUAAAUCUCUUUGUGGCCGUGAUCAUGGACAACUUUGAUUAUCUAACCAGAGAUUGGUCAAUCCUGGGCCCCCAUCACCUGGAUGAAUUCAAGAGGAUCUGGUCUGAAUAUGACCCUGGAGCCAAGGGCCGCAUCAAGCACCUGGAUGUGGUUGCCCUGCUAAGACGCAUCCAGCCCCCGCUGGGAUUUGGGAAGCUGUGUCCACACCGAGUGGCCUGCAAGAGACUUGUGGCAAUGAACAUGCCCCUCAACUCAGAUGGGACGGUGACAUUCAACGCCACACUCUUUGCCCUGGUUCGGACAUCCUUGAAGAUCAAGACAGAAGGGAACCUGGAGCAAGCCAAUCAGGAGCUGCGGAUUGUCAUCAAAAAGAUCUGGAAGAGGAUGAAGCAGAAGCUGCUAGAUGAGGUCAUCCCUCUUGCUGACGAGGAAGAGGUCACUGUGGGCAAAUUCUACGCUACAUUUCUGAUCCAGGACUAUUUCCGCAAAUUCCGACGGAGGAAAGAAAAGGGGCUACUAGGGACCAAGGCCCCCCCAAGCACCUCCUCUGCCCUUCAGGCUGGUCUGAGGAGCCUACAGGAUUUGGGUUCUGAGAUCCGGCAAGCCCUCACCUGUGACACAGAGGAGGAGGAAGAGGGGAAAAAGGGAGAGGAGGAAGAUGAGAAGGACCCAGAAACAUACAAAGCCCCGGUGGGCUCCCAGCCCCCAUCCCGCCAGAGCUCCGUGAUGUCUCUGUCUCUGCCUACUGGGAAUAAAUUCCGAGAUUCACUCUCCCUUGGGCCCAGUGAUGACGAAGAGGGAGCUCCCAACUCCAGACAGUCCAGUGUGUCCCAGACUGGAUCCCACAUCCACAGGAGAAGCUGCGGGGCUCUCAUUUUCACCAUUCCAGAAGAAGGAAGUUCUCAGCCCAAGGGAAUUGAAGGGCAGGAGAAACAGGAUGAGGAAGAGGAAGUCCCUGGCCGGCUCUCCUACUUAGAUGAGCAGGCAGGGACUCCCCUGCACCCCACCUUUUUGCCACUUCACAGACCCCAGAAAUAUGGAGAUGAGCACCAUGCCACACGCCGCCGUCUGCUGCCCCCGACGCCUGCAGAUCAGAAGCCCUCCUUCACAAUUCAGUGUCUGCGGCACCAGGGCAGUUGUGAUGAUUUGCCCAUCCCAGGCACCUAUCAUCGUGGGCGCAACUCAGGGCCCAGCAGGGCACAGGGUUCCUGGGCAACCCCUCAACGGGGUCGGCUACUGUAUGCCCCACUGUUAUUGGUGGAAGAGGGUACAGCAAGGGAGGGAUACCUCGGCAAAUCCAGCGGUCCACUGCGCACCUUUACCUGUCUGCACGUGCCUGGAACCCACUCAGACCCCAGCCAUGCCAAGAGGGGCAGUGCUGACAGCCUGGUGGAGGCUGUGCUCAUCUCCGAGGGCCUGGGCUUCUUUGCCCGAGACCCACGCUUCGUGGCCCUGGCCAAGCAGGAGAUUGCGGCUGCGUGUCACCUGACACUGGACGAGAUGGACAGUGCUGCCAGUGACCUGCUGGCACAGGGGACCAGCUCACUUUAUAGUGACGAGGAGUCCAUCCUCUCCCGCUUUGAUGAGGAAGACCUGGGAGAUGAGAUGGCCUGUGUUCAUGCCCUCUGAAUUCCCAUCCUCCCCACUACUCAAUAAACCUCCUGCCCUCCCUUCCCCAGAGGGAGACAGGCAAGGACCACA